CAUUAGCGAAGCAAAUACUAAAGCAGACAACCGGAUUAUUUAUUAAGCGCUGAAUAGGUUUUCUACAUUUUUCUCUUCUAUUUCGCAGUCAUAAUGUCUGAUGAGGAAGAGGACUAUAUGUCUGAUGCAUUUCUUACUAAAAUACAAGAUGUGAAGCCAGGUGUCAGCAUGGUGAGGCGGGUAAAAGAAGCGAUAAAGAAGGAGACACAGCAAAAGGAGACGAACAUCAAGAACCGUCAGAAGACUUACAAGGAGCAGGAGAAGGAAAGUAGAGAGGCAGCUUUACAAAACUCCAUUUGCAAUGAGAACAAGGGAUUUGCACUCCUGCAAAAAAUGGGUUACAAAGCUGGUCAAGGCCUCGGGAAGGCGGGAGCAGGAAGGGUUGAUCCAAUUCCUUUAAAUAUCAAAACUGACAGAGGUGGCAUUGGAAUGGAAGAGGUGAAGAAAAGAAAAGCCGAGGAGGAACUUGAACAUUAUCGUCAGAAAGUACGGGCCAAACAACAGAAUGAGACCACGUCUCUGGAAGAUUUUAGGUCACGAGUAAGGACAGAAAGAGAGGAGCGAAAGAUUGAAGGAGAUCUUAGAAGGAGCCAGCGAGCCUGUGAGCAGCUUGACAGUCAGAAGGGCAUCACUGUCCCCAGGGAGGACUGGUACUGGCCUAAAGCAGAGACUGAUGAGGAGGAAGAUGAUCUGAAGGAGGAAGAGGAGGAGGAGGAGGAGGAGGAGAAGGAGGAAGAGGAAGAGGAGAUCGUAGAAUUAACCUCCUUUGACAAACUGCAAAUUUUGACAUCCUAUCUGAGAGGAAUCCAUUUUUACUGCAUAUGGUGUGGAACCACCUAUAAUGAUGAAGAGGACAUGUGCUCUAACUGUCCUGGGGAUACAGCAGCAGACCACGACUGAAUGUGAUUAAAAAAAUGAAUAUACCCAGUUGUUCCCAGUGAAAAAGCAGUUACAUUUUAUAGUAGGAAACAGGCUGAUCACACGUGGCAUUGAUAAGCAGUGUUGGCAAUAAGAUGAUCAUAAGUGGAAGUGAAUAUUUAUUUAUUAUCCCAAUGUGUAUCUGUUGUCCAUCUCUAAAAGGACAUCCCUGUUUAUGCUGUUUAUGGUUGGCGGCCCUGAAUUUUUCUUUACAUUGCUGUGGGAAAUUUUAAAUAUCAUGUAUAUAUUUUCAAAAGAUGCACUAAGAUCUUUUUAGACAUGUUUCAAUAGCGAUUUAA